AGGGGCGGCGUGUGCGUGUCAUUAACCCUGCAUCUUCGCUAUCGGCAUUGAAAGAGUUCCUCUCCUCUAUAGCAGUGAAAGGAUCGGCAACUGCCACCACCACCACCUCCCCGCCCUCGGCGCCUUCAGUAGCAGCUCAUGACACCAACUUGAGAUCGAGGCGCUGCCUUUCCUCAACGCUCUUGUCCCGUAGACCUUCUGAUUGGGACUUGACGUUUUACAUCAGGGUUGACCGUGAAGGGGAUUUUCACAUAUAUCCUCACCUGGGUGGGCCAUUCCAGAGCUUACAGGAAGCCAACAUUGCCAUCGAUUGCCAUCUUGAUGAGCUCAAGCGUAUAAUGUUCAAGAAGCAAGAGGAAGUUUCUCCAGUGGAGAUGGCUAUAAGAGGAUCUCUCUACUGGCUUGAUGGCACGAGGAUGAAAUGUUCAAAAUCGCAAAUAAUUGAGAAAAGCCGUGCUCAAAUGCGCCUACUGGCUCAAGCUUUAGUAGACAAGUAUAAUGAGGAUCACAAACUGAUGGGGGAUCUUGCAUACGAACUCAACGAUGUCCUGCACUACCAAUUUUUUUCUGAGCCCCAUGGCACCAUCCUUAAGACGAGUAGGUACUAUCAUUUGAACUUCACCAUGAAUAUUAAAGGAGAUGAUGAUUCUGACUGUAUCACCAACGAUAUAUUCUUCGUUGAAAUCAAACUUAUGGAAGGAGAAUAUGAAGAGAUGGCUGUUACCCGUUUCUGCAUGGUCAAACCUAAUGACAAUGGUCACUGCUAUGGUUGUACUAAUAAUGGAAGUGCUGGUUUGAAACAUCCCAACAAUUCCUAUGCAUAUCUUGGUGGUCACGUGAAUGCACCAUAUUCGCCAUCUGAGUGGAGACUCUGAUGACAAUGUGGACGAGGAGGCUAGGCUAAGAUACAUAUACAACGGCAUUGGUUCUGUUUAGGGCCACAGUGACCCACAUUUUGAGGAAAUCUUCACUCCCUCCGUAUGCAACAGAGGUCCUGAAAAUGUGAGGAGGAAACCUGAGUGAAACACCACAGCCCUUGCACUUUCUUGUAACUAUAUAUUUCCCCAUCAUCCAACCUUCCAAUGCUAAUCUUAGUAGCUUGGCAUUUCCUGUUCUUAAGGCACCAAGAAAAAUCAUUUGGUUUGAGAUGGACUUAUUUAUGUCAAGCUACACUUGUGUAAGUACUUUCUG